AUGCUCCGAUGGACAAUGGCACCCGCGUUUCGGUUUCUGCUAGCAGUAUCAGUAGCAAUAUUUCGCUUCCGGGUCACGUUCAUCUGCCCAUAUUCUUCCCCUCGUGCCAUUGUUGUCUCCUCCCAUAAGUCCCUUACAUCUUACAACCCUAUUUUCGGUCAACUUCAUCGCCAUCGAUCAAAUAACUUUUUUUCUCUCUUCAAUAUUUACAUUGAUAUUGUGCUCGCUCAAAGCCUCAAUAUUCAGACAAACGUCGCUUCCGCUUCGUCGGACGACAAGCGUCCGUCCGUCUUGAUGAUCCGCUCUGGCAGCACCAUACAGAGGCUACCACCCCAGAAAGCCACUGAUCCGGACCUCCUCGCAAUCCGCGCUAAGCUGCUCAACGCCCUCGCUGUCAAGACGUCCACGCUCGUCACUCCUCGGUCCUCGCGCGCCGCUUCUCCCAGCGCGACUCCUCGUCUGCGAUCCCGCCGUCCGGUCCACAGCCCGUCUCCCCGUGUUGUCGUCGGCCCCAAGGCCAUCAACUUGCUGCCCGUUGAGCUGGCGAGCCUGCGCCUGUCGUCGCCGCUCAUCGUUUCGAGCCCUUCUCGACUGAAGAUUGCCCGCAAGAUUCAGGCCAUCAUUCCAAAUCUCGACACUCGCAUCCUCAGCUCCGCCGUCAUCACUGUACCUACUCGAAUCUCCGGCCGAGACUGUGUUAUUAGUGUCGGCAGUGGUUCAGCUGUGACUCUGGCCCGGGCUGUUAGUUUACGCAAGGGGAUCCCGCACAUUUGCAUCCCUACAACCUUCAGCGGCAGCGAAAUGAUUCCCGAAAGCAGCACCCCAGUGCCCCGCGAGCGUGGUGGCAGUGAAGGAAGCAAUUCAAGAGCAGCGAGGGAGAUUGCUCGAGAAUCCAAAACACUCCCUGCUGUCAUCAUCUACGACGACGACCUCACCACAAGCUCAUCAACCCGGUUCUCUGCUCCAAGCGACGAGGACAUCAUGGAGGACCGAGCCGAACCACAUCCCAAGUCAGAAGACGCCUGUUGGAGCUACAUCAAUCUUCCAGGUGUCUAA